AUGUCUUAUCUCCAGCAGCAGAUCAACAGCUUCAACUCUAGCGUCGUCUCAUCUGCCGGACGCCUACCGCAACAGAAGCGCAUCAUCGGCAGCGGCCAACCUGUUUCAUCCACUUCUUCUCAGCCUACUUCCACCCCAGGUACUCCCGGUCCAGCGCGCCGCCAUGAACCCGCAAAUGUCGUCUACUCGCAACCUGCCGACACCGGUACAGGCAAGGAUAUUAUGACCAACGUUCUUUAUGCGAUUCAGAAAAUGAAGGAGAAGAACGCACCAUUGACUUUUGAAGACAUCGUCGGGUACCUAUCUCUUCAAGAGCGACGGCAUGAUCAAGGCUACGUCCACGCGCUACGAAGCAUCCUUCAAGUCCAUGAAAAAGUGAAUUAUGAUCCCUCAGGAGCUGCUGGAAAAGGUACAUUCAGUUUCCGACCUCCUCACAAUAUCCGCUCGGAGGAACAGUUGUUGCAAAAACUCCAAUCGCAGACGACCAUGACGGGUAUAUUAGUCAAAGACCUGAAAGAGGGCUGGCCUGGUGUUGAGCAAGCCAUCGAUAAACUCGAGCAGGAGGGCAAGUUGCUGGUGACACGAAACAAAAAAGACAACCACCCGAAAAUGGUGUGGGCAAAUGACCCGUCGCUGAUGCAUAAAUUUGACGAUGAGUUUCGGCAAAUCUGGGAAAAGACCAAGGUGCCAGACCAGCAGCAAGUUAUUGAAGAUUUGGAAAAGGCUGGCAUGAUCCCUACAAAUAAGAAUAAGGUAGUGAAGCCUCGGCCCAAGAUCGAACAAAAGAAGACCAAGAAACCACGACGAACCGGCAAGACGACGAAUACUCACAUGAUGGGUAUCCUCCGAGACUAUUCGCAUCUGAAGCGAUAA